AUGCGGGUCGUCAACGCUCCCCCCCUCAACAACAACAACAGUUUGACCAGCAAAACUUUGGAGGUCAACAAAACGACAGAAAUGGCGGAGGAUAUCUCCAAGGACCAAGCCAAUCUGGUGACUGCUCGAAUGAUGCUUCAGCUGGGAAGAAAUCAAAGAAGAAUAAGAAGAAGAGGAGGAGGAGAUCUCGACGCAAUAGCUCUUCCAAUAGCUCAAGCUCUGAUUCCUCUGAACACAAAUACUCAUUCGCAAAAAGAGAUGAAGGAGAUGAUAAGAUUAUCGGUCAAGAAGCGAGAGAAAUCAGAAAAUAUUGAGAAGAAUAUUCCCCCUGAUUUCCCAGGCACCCUCGUUUGGGAUCUCCUUGAGUACAACUAUAUUGAACUGGAGAAGAUUAACGCGGGGGUGGUGCCCAAUUCAUCAGAACAAGUGCACAAAGCCACUGACAAGGAAGCAGCUGGAAAAAUCAAACCCAGACCCUUCACGGAAUCAGGAGAGUGGAGGAACACUCUCAGCAUUCUUCAGAAAGCUUUAUCAGCGGCUUUUCCUUCAGCAGCCCCAUCCUUCAAAAAAUAUACGAGACACGUCAAAUCUCUGGAAAUCAUUUUUACUCGCAGGGGAAAUUGGAAAGACAUCAUCCCCUACGAUGCAGAGAUGCGGAAAGCCUUUGCAGCAAGACGUCAUUUGUCAUUUGCGGAUUUCAAUAGUAGCAAACUCAAGCACAUCAAAGCAAUGGCUUGGCCAACCUUGGAAAGUCGACAAUACAUCUCCAGAGAACCAUACUUUUCUCAGCAGAGUGCGGCAUCUUCUUCGAAGGCUAUGGUGUGCAACGCUUUGAACAGCACAAGGCUUACAAGACCUAUCCCGGACGGGCCUAAGCUCAAAAUUACUAAACAUCUUCCGAAAAACCAACAAAUAUGUGGUGGUUGGAAUCUUGACAAAUGUGCGGACCAAGCGAAGUGUGGCCGGAUUCACGGCGUCUGCGAAGUUGUGGGAUGCAACGACAACCACAAACGUAUCACUCACCCCAGAUGA